AUGUUAUUUGGGCUACUGGCGUGGCUCAAAGACCAGCCUCCCUGGCGUGGUACAAAGGCCAAUUCAAAUGUGGCUCCUUGCCAAUACGGAGAGAUGAGCAACCAUCGUAUUACGCAGCUCCACUCUUCUUUUGAGCGUCGUAUAUGGCGCUACCCUUGGUCAACCUCCUGCGUCAGCCAUCACAACGUGGGAACUUUGGAUGGUUUAGUUGGAAUUUCCGAUGAAUUGGCAAAAAUGGACGCUUACGCUGAGAACGUUACUCGGAAAAUUGCUCAGUAUAUGGGCGAUAUAUUGGAGGAGCAGCGACACAAACUUGAGGAUAAUCUACUCGUUAACGGAUCUUCUCCUAGUCUCUAUAUUAGCAAGUUUCAAUGGGAUACAGCUAAGUACCCAAUAAAACAAACACUCCAGGCUCUUCACGACAUCCUCUCGGAGAAUCUUUCUCGACUUGAGGCUGAUCUGAGGACCCGAUCAACAAAUUACAACAAUAUUAAGGGUGCAUUGCAUGCUCUGGAGAAGAAACAAACUGGUAGUCUGCUAACCAGAAACCUUGCCGAAAUUGUGAAGAAACAGCAAUUCGUUUUGGGAUCCGAAUAUCUUAUAACAGUGGCUGUUGUAGUUCCGAGAACAGCUUACAAGGAAUGGGAAGCCACGUAUGAGAGUCUGGUAGAUAUGGUGGUGCCAAGAUCCACGGAAUUAAUCUUCGAGGAUCAGGAUAACGGAUUGUGGACUGUGACCCUGUUUCAGAAGAUGCUUAAUGAUUUCACUCUGCGCGCACGCGAGAAGAGGUUUAUCGUCCGAGAUUUCGUUUACGACGAGAAGGCGAUAGAGGAGAGUAAGAAUAUGUUUUCCAAGCUUGAAGCUGACAAAAAGAAGCAAUUCCCUCCUCUCUUCCGGUGGCUUAGAGUCAAUUUUGGCGAAGCUUUUUCUGUCAUGACGCACAUCAAAGCCCUCCGAAUUUUUGUCGAGUCUGUACUCAGAUAUGGUCUGCCCGUCGAUUUCGAGGCCAUACUUAUUGUACCCAAUCGAAAGAACUACAAACGGCUACGUGAGGUUCUUCACAACAUGUAUGAGCACUUGGACAACCUAUCUCUGAGCAGCACAACUGACGAAGAAAUUGUUGGUGCUGGGAUGAGCCACGGGGAAUACUACCCCUACGUUUCCAUAAGUGUCGAGACAAAUUUUGUGGACACGCGCUAG